GCCCCGCCUCCACACGUGAUGGCAAAUACCCGAAACGUCGCGUCGCGAAAAGCAAAGCUUCCUUCAAUGCAAAUCCCCACCACCACCUCAUUCUCGUCUUCUUGCGCCGCAUUCCGGGUGCGGUCUCGCCCUCUCUCUUAGUGACUCCGGGACCCCCGCUUGGCGAAGCCGCCCUUCCGCCGCAUGAGAUGGCCAUCUCGAACCUCAUUCCGGGCCUGGAAGUCACGGUCAAGGUCGACGGGGAGGCCGCGAUUGAGCAUGACGACGACGCCGCCUACGACGAGCCUUGCGCCGUAGAGUACGACUCUCCCGCCGGCGUUCGCGUCGUGAAAUACAUCGAGGCCAAGUCAGGAGCGCCCUUCUGUCUUACGAUCAAGCGAGCUAGCAAUUUCAACUUCCGUGGCGACCAGAUCGGAUGGUCUGUCGCCGUAGAUGGCGGCCGGGGAUGGUGGCAACAAGAGAUCAGCCUUCAAACCCCCAGGAGAGGCGCAGAAUGGGUGAGCCAAGUGGCCGGGUACUCUGAGGGUGAUCCUGUCUCUGGAUUCAUCAGGAAGUUUUGGAGGUUCGGGGAUUUGGACAUUGAAUCGGCCGACACACGCAGCACAGCCGAGGCGAUGGCGAAACAGACCUCGCUUGCAAAGUCCCUUGGAGUCAUCACUGUUACCGUGCAUCACCUGCUACGCCCAGAUCAGGUCACGACGCCGCGAGCCUUCCGCGAGGAGACAAAUACAGGCCCGGUCAACGAGAAGGCUCUGAAAGGCAAAGCCUUGAGUCUUAGAGCCGCCGCCAACCCCGAGCCCGGCGCACGGCCGAUGCCUUGUUCACGUCACUAUCAGUUCAAAUAUCUGGAUCCCAAGCGGCGCCCCUUUGCCGUGUUCGAGUUCCGGUACCGCACCAGAGAGGACCUCAUCAAGGAAGCUAUCUUACGGGCCCCGCCAAGCCCUACUCAGAAGACUCAUGAGAACCAGCCGGUGAUCCUGAUAGAUGAUGAAGAUGAUGGUAGUUCGUCACGCAUAGUCAAGGGGGAGGCCACAAUGGUCAAAGAGGAGAAGAAAAAUGCCACUGGAGGAAUCAAGCGAGAGGCAGGAGAGGCUAGCCAAGCUCCUCCUCCUCGCCGCAUCAAGCAGACCCGCCGUCCUGACGGAAAGUUCUUGGUCGACCUCACUGACGACUGAGGUCAAGACCUAAAAAGGCCCAGGGACACCGCUAUAACGAGGUGGCGGCGUUAGACAUUAGAAACUAGUAGUGACGUGGGGGUGGCGCUUCGUGAGGCAGGAGAUGUUCCGCGCGUGUUGGUAUCGAUGCAGGCAGGAAUCGCUCCCCACUGCGCGUCAAUGGAAUCAUCCCACCUCGCUCACCGA